GUUAUAUAAAAUUAUAAAUAAGGUCGCUCAUAUUCACAACCGUUCAAACCAAAACUCAUCCACUCUUAACUUCUUUGUUUUCAGAGAUCCAUUUUCCCACUCUCAACUUAUUUGUUUUCAGAGAUCAAUUUUCAGGCAAGAACAAGAUGAACAACAACCACCAAGAAUCUCAACCACCUAUGUACCCCUCCAUUCCUCCGCCUCUCACACAACAGGAAGCAAACCCUUUUCAUCAAUCUCAUCCCACUCCCGCCCCAGAAGAAAUCAAUCCAUUUUAUCAAGCCCCUGAAGCCCCUAAACCUCAGACCCCCUCCAUCACUGCUGACCACUUAGAAAAAUGGCAACCUGCUCCUCCUCCUCCUCCUCCUCCUCCUCAAGAUGUUGCAUCAUCAUCUUCAUCUGAGCAAGUACCAGUAGCAACACCACCACCCACCUUUGACAGUGAAGAUCUCAAAGCCAAGGCCGCGGCGGAGGCAGAGCCAGAGAAAUGGGGAACUCACGUCAUGGGACACCCUGCUGUCCCAACAUGCCACCCGGACAACAAAAAGGCAGCUCUCUGGGGAGUUAACGCCGAUGGUCCGGAAAAGGCACAGAGCUUCCACUAUCCCUACCUCCAGUACCAACCCAUCGAUAACAACAACAACAACAACAAGGCCAGCUCCAGCAAUGCCCCACAAUCUAUGCUCAAUGUCUUCAACUCCUGGAGCCACAAGGCCGAGUCCAUGGCCAACAACAUCUGGCGCAACCUUAAAACUGGGACAUCAGUGUCGGGAGCAGCGUGGGCGAAGAUGAACCUGCAAGCCAAAGCAUUAACAGGAGGUGGAUUUGAGGCUCUGUACAAGCAGUCAUUUGCGACUUAUCCCAACGAGAAGCUCCACAAAUCAUUCGCCUGCUAUCUCUCCACAUCCACCGGACCAGUCGCCGGAACUCUUUACCUCUCCAAUAUUCACACCGCUUUUUGCAGCGACCGGCCUCUGUCAUUCACGGCGCCUUCCGGUCAGGUGACUUGGAGCUACUACAAGGUCAUGGUGCCAUUGGCAAAUGUUGCGACUAUCAAUCCAGUAGUGAUGAGGGAGAAUACGACGGAGAAGUACCUCCAGAUUUUGACCAUUGACGGCCAUGAUUUCUGGUUCAUGGGGUUUGUUAAUUAUGAAAAGGCAUCCAAGCAUCUUACCCAGAGUGUCUCCACUUUCGUAGCGUCUGGAUUUGCAGUCCAGCCUCCCACAUAUGAAGGGCCUGCUGCUGCUGAAUAUGAUCAUGAUCACAAGAAGGGGCCUGCUGCUGCUGAACAUGAUCAUGAUCACAAGAAGGGGGGUGACUAGUGACUACUAGUUUAGGUCCUUUGGCUGUGUUUUAUUGAGGAUCCUUUUAUUGACUGCUGAAUUUGAGUUCCCUUUCUCGUUUAAUUACAUACAAUAAGAGCAUGUAUAUGGAUUCAUUGAUUUGUAGUAUUACUAUUUCAUUUUGUGCUUCAAGAAAUACAUGUCCGAUAAAAAAAGAAAGAAAUACAUGUUGCAACUUCUCCAUUGUUCUGAAUAAACCAUUCAAA